AUGGGCCGCCCACCAAAGAAGCGGGCACGAGAAGAUGAGAACCUUUCCCACCUGGGUCUGUCAGGUAGUGAAGUAUGGGCAGAUUCGGAUAGCUCUCAGUUCACAUCUCUGGGGGUAGACAUACCCGUCGUACCAGAAUCUCUUCCCUUCUGUGCUCCGGUCUACUCCUCCCCGUUUAGUACGCCUCAGGCGUACCCUCACUUGGUAUCUACAAGUAAUAUAGACCACAACCAUUCAUGGCAACUCGAUCAUGGAAAGUUCCUGGACCCAGUUCCGGCAACCACUGGGCCAUGGCCCGAUUUUUCCAGCGUAUCGGCUGCAGCAUCUAAUUCGUUCUCAUUGCCGCCAGGCUUACCACAAUUGCAGUCUCCUCCCACCUCUCCAUCCGACCCGGACUCUUCCGAAGCCCAAUGUACAUGCCUGUCGUAUUUGUAUUUAUGUCUCAGUCAUCUUUCUUCUCUUGCACCCUUCCCUGUCUCCCAGCACACAUUGUGUUCACUAUUCAUCGCAGCCAAGACAGCUCGCGCAGUGAUUCGGUGCCAGGCAUGCCCGAAGAAGUUUGCCACGGGCCUACAAAAUGUCAUGUUCACAGGAACUCUGUUGACUGUCAUGGGGGAUGCCUGGCUGCGCGUGUCCAAAGCUGAUGCGGCGGAGCUCGGGAAGCAGGCCGCGCCAUCCAGUUAUGUAUAUACAAUCAACCAGAAUUCCUCGAACCCCGCGGAAAGCUGGAAAGAAUGGCUGCGCCAGACUGUUCGAAGUGGGGUUGCUGGCGUGCCAAGCGAUCCCGCUGGCGCUGUCCAAUGCUCUGGUGCUCCCAGCUUGCUCUCUCUCAUCGAAGAAAUGGAGGCUCGACAACGACGGUGGCAUCAGUCACAUCCGCUCCCCCAAUCGGAACGUUUAAAUGUCUCGCCCGAAGUUCUUGCCAAGCCCUAUGAUCCACAGAAAGAGCAGGACCUGCUGUGCUUGCGCGUGGUCAAGAGUGCCAGAGAAGUGAUUGCAAAAUUUGAAUUUGAACCUCAUGAGUUUCCGGAUGGAGUGGGCAUAUAA